CUCGUGCGUAUCUUACCGUGGAUGUGACAUUCAAUGAUGUUAAAGGAUACGUUCAAGUCGUUGAUGAAAUGCCGUUUCGUGUGCAUCUAUUUUCGGAACCACAAAUCGAACGAUAUAUCAGUACAAAAGAUAAUAAUGAGCAAAAGGAGAAUAAUAAUGACGAUGAUGAUGAGGGAAUGAUAAUCGAUCUGGAUGAAGAACAUGGGAGCUCAUUCAUACGCUUGAAUCAAAAUUGCGAUGAGCAAAACUCAACCCAUGUUACUAACGAAGAUGGUGUUGUGUUGUUUCUUAAACGAAUAUUACAUUUUUUAUUAACGUUACAAUCUAUGUUUUUUGUUUCUGAAACUGCCGUAUCCUAUGUUGCAUUAAGUUUAUGUGAUAUCUUGGAAUGGGCAGUGGAUCAUGUUGAAGAUCUUAGAAGAUGCAUUGAGUAUAUAAGAAAACUGUCAAAUGUUCCGUCUCGAUUAACGUUAGCAGAGAAUUGGUAUAGUUAUAAUCCUCCUAAAAGUCGUACUAUUACAAUCCCACAACAAAAUAGCGAAGAUUUGUUGAUUAACUAUAGUUAUGUUUCGUUCACUGAUGCGUUAAGGUAUUUCUUAAAACUACCUGAAGUUCAAGCUGAUUUGAACGAAUUAUCGAAAAGAUCAUCCACAUAUCCAGUCAUGUUAGAUAUUCAUGAUGGUGAAUUUGCUCAAACACAUUCGUUUUUUAAGAACCGUGAUGUUGUUAAAAUUGAACUUUCUUCUGAUGGUUUAUGCAUAACAAAUGCAAUAUCUAAUCAUGUUCACAAAAUCUUUUUGUUUUACUGGAGUUUAAUGAAUUUACGUCGCGAUCAUCGUUCUAGCCAGGCUGCAACACGGUUAAUCGUUGCGAGUCCCGAAGAGAAUUUAUCAGCAGAUGUUUUACAACAAAUUACCGCUGAUUUUGUGCAUGCAUUACAGAAAAUGGGCAGAGAUGGACUCGAGGUUAUUAUUAAUGGUGUAAAAAAAGUUUAUCAUGUUGCCUUAUUCAUAACACUUUGGGGAUUAUCCGGCACAACAAGCUUUACACGGAAGAAAAGAAAGCGUGUCCGCCUUCAAAUUUUGUCCAUGUUGUAA